AUGCAAACUAGAAAUGCUUUUUCUUGGAUAAAGAAAGAGAGUACCCGAUCCAUUUCCGUAUUGCUCAUGAUAUAUAUCAUAACUCGGGCACCCAUUUCAAAUGCAUAUCCCAUUUUUGCCCAACAAGGUUAUGAAAAUCCUCGAGAAGCUACCGGCCGGAUUGUAUGUGCUAAUUGCCAUUUAGCUAAUAAGCCCAUAGAUAUUGAGGUUCCACAAGCGGUACUUCCCGAUACUGUAUUUGAAGCAGUUGUUCGAAUUCCUUAUGAUAUGCAAGUGAAACAAGUUCUUGCUAAUGGUAAAAAGGGGGCUUUGAAUCCUUAA